CUCAGGACUAGUGAGUGUUUGCUCUGUGCUGCAGACCCCGGGUCGUACCGUGCUCCAGCGACAGAGCUCGGAAGAUUGGAAGGUUAACCAGGCUUAGAGAGAAGCUUGUUCCAUGACUUCGGGCCCAUCACCAUGGCAUACAGAUCACGCUUUUCAUUCUGGGAGACUAAGGUUAAAGUUGAGAACAAGCCGGAUUCUGAUGUAGAGAGUAGUCAGCCUCAGAUAGGCACUAAACCUGGGCUGGACACAGGAAGUGGUCCACAGUUGACUGCUGCAACAGCUGAAGCCUCCAACAAUAACGUUACCAUGGUCGGCCCAGACGAGGAGCAGAGUUCCAGCGGUAAAAAGGUGGUGAAGGUGGUGAGAAGGGUUGUUAGACGUGUGGUUCCUGCUGGGACCGAAGGGCAGAACCAGCCGUCUGCUCCAGAGUCAACCAAGGCUGUGCCCAAAACCACCAAGGCUGCUGGGGUGGAAAAGGAUGAUAUCUCCAUGGGCCUGACCAGCCUCAUGGGCCGAAGUCGAACCAAGGAGCACCGGCCUCGCACCCGCACCCAAGACCGCAAAGAGGACGUGAAGGAAGAGGUGGCGCAGGAGGAGGAGAAGGGAAAGGUGGAGGAAGAGGUGGAGAAACCUACAGUGGAAAAACCAAAGGAGGCCACGGAACCCACAUCUGCACCCACUGCUCCAGCACCAAACCUUGCACCGCCAAAGUUCAACCCCCUCACCCCUCCAGCUGGGCUCAUCCCUGCACCCAAGCCGGACCCUUUGGCCCCGCCGGCCGGUUUCAUACCCGUCUCCAGGCAGAAUCUCUUGUCUCCUCCACCGGGGUUCAUUCCAGCAAGAAAACCCAGUCCGGUGCCGCCAAAACAGACUCCCCUGCCGAGAGCUCCAGGAUUCAUCCCCAUCGCAAAGACGGACCCCCUGGCUCCUCCUGCAGGGUUCAUCCCAAAGCCUCGCACAGUCGCUGUGAAGAAACCAGAGGUAACUGAGACAUCCUCUCCCCCUGUGGCCCCCACUGGUAAACCGUCCCCUGUUGCUCUGCCUCAGGCCCAGUCUGCACCAAAUGAUGUAAAGGUCCCAGAGCUGAUUCCCACUGAGCAAGAUUACAAGCGUGUGAGGAGGAUCUUCACCGCCACUGGCAAUGAUUCCAAGCUGGUGGACCUGGACCCCGUGGCCAUCCUUCAGGCAGCGCACUCGGCUGCAGCAAAGGGAAAGACAGAGGAGCAGAUAACAGCAGAGAAAGUCUGGUACAACACCGAGAAAGUAUGGCUUGUCCACAAGGAAGGAUUUUCAUUGGCAACUCUCCUGAAGACUGAGGCGGGCAGUCUGCCAGAGGGGAAGGUGAAAAUCCGCCUGGAGAGUGAUGGAUCUUUAUUGGACGUGGAUGAAGAUGAUGUAGAGAAGGCAAACCCUCCGAUGUUUGACCGAGUGGAAGACCUGGCCUCGCUGCAGUAUUUGAAUGAGUCGAGCGUGAUGCACUCCCUGCGGCAGCGCUACGGUGGUAACCUGGUGCACACCCAUGCUGGGCCCAACAUGGUGGUCGUUAACCCCAUUAGCGCCCCCUCUAUGUACUCGGAGAAGGUGAUGCAAAUGUUCAAGGGCUGCAGGAGGGAGGACACCGCCCCUCAUAUUUACAGCAUGGCCCAGGCCGCCUACAGGAACCUGCUGACAACUCGCCAGGAUCAGUCCAUUGUGUUGCUGGGCAAGAGUGGCAGUGGCAAGACCACCAACUGUCAACACAUCAUCCAAUAUCUGGUUAACGUCUCUGGCAGCACCAACAAAACCUUUUCCACGGAGAAGUGGCAGGCAGUCUACACAGUUUUGGAGGCGUUUGGAAAUGCCUCGACCUGUAUGAAUGGGAAUGCCAGUCGCUUCUCUCACAUUGUUUCGUUGGACUUUGACCAGGCGGGCCUGGUGACCUCAGCCUCUAUCCAGACAAUGCUUCUGGAGAAGAUGAGGGUGACGAGAAGACCAGAGGGAGAGUCCACUUUUAACAUCUUCUACUAUCUGAUGGCCGGAGCUGACAGCUCUCUUAGGACUGAGCUGCACCUCAACCACUUUGCUGAAAACAAUGCAUUUGGAAUCAUGCCUCAGACAAAGACUGAGGACAAGCAGCGGGCCUCGCAGCAGUUCUCCAAGCUGCAGGCAGCCAUGAAGGUUCUGGGGAUCAGCGGCGACGAGCAAAGGGCCUUCUGGCUCGUCCUCGGGGCAAUUUGCCAUCUCGGAGCUGCAGGGGCUACCAAGGCUGGCAGAAGACAAUUUGCACGUCACGAGUGGGCCCAGAAGGCGGCCUACCUGCUGGGCUGCACCCUGGAGGAGCUCUCCUCCUCCAUCUUCAAGCACCAGGCCAAGGGCACCCUGCCCAGAGCCAGCGCCGCCCGCCAGGCUUCUGACGAAAAUGGCACAGCAGAUUCAGGAUCCAAGGCUACAGCCAUGGAGUGUUUAGAGGCUCUGGCAUCUGGGCUUUACUCUGAACUCUUCACUAUCCUCAUUUCUCUAAUAAACCGGGCCUUGAAAUGCAGCCAGAACUCCCUGUGCUCUCUGCUCAUUGUGGACACACCGGGCUUUCAAAACCCCAGGCUGGCGAAGCGUGAGUGCGGCGCAACCUUUGAGGACCUCUGUCACAACUACACUCAAGAACGUCUGCAAGCUCUUUUCUACCAACGCACCUUUGUUCAGGAGUUGGAGAGAUACAAGGAGGAGAACAUAGAGCUGGCUCUAGAUGACACCGAGCCCAGCACAUCUCUCUCUGUGUCAGUGGUCGACCAAGCCUCAAGCCAAGCUCUGGUACGGACAGUUCGUACAGAGGAGGCACGGGGCCUGUUGUGGCUGAUGGAGGAGGAGGCGGUGCAGCCAGGGGGAUCAGAGGAAACACUGCUGGGACGUCUCUUUAGCUACUAUGGACCUGCUGAGGGGGAGAGUAAAGGUCACACUUUCCUCUUGAAGAGCGAGAAGGAUAACCAUUUCCUGCUGGGGCACAGCCAUGGGACAGACUGGGUGGAGUACAAUGUCUGUGGGUGGCUCAACUACGCCAAACAGAAUCCUGCGUCGACUAACGCCACAAGCCUCCUGCAGGACUCCCAGAAGAAGAUCAUCAACUCGCUGGUCAUGAGCCGGGCAGGUGGAGCCACUGUUUUGUCCGGUUCCAUCGCCGGCCUUGAGGGCGUUUCCCAGCUGUCCUUGCGACGGGCCACCAGCAUGAGAAAGACCUUCACCACAGGAGUGGCUGCGAUCAAGAAGAAGUCCUUGUGCAUCCAGAUAAAGCUUCAAGUGGAUGCUCUUCUUGACAUGGUGCGGAGGUCCAGGAUUCACUUUGUUCACUGCAUAUUGCCCAAGGCUGAUGCCCUGAAGGCUCUGAGCGGAUCCCUGUACAAAACAGGGGAAAGUGAGGCUCAAGGGGAGAGUGGAGAUCCGGGCCUUACGCAGCUCGAUGUAGCCUUGCUGCGUGCUCAGCUGCGUGGCUCCAAGCUGCUUGAUUCUCUUCGGAUCUACAGGCAAGGUUAUCCCGAUCACAUGGUGUUCUCCGAGUUCCGGCGACGAUUCGACGUGCUGGCGCCGCACCUCAGCAAGAAGCACGGCAGAAAUUACAUAGUGAAGGACGAGAGGAGAGCUGUGGAGGAGCUCCUCGAGUCCUUGGAUUUGGAGAAGAGCAGCUACCACAUGGGUUUGAGCAGGUUGUUCUUCAGAGCUGGCACUUUGGCUAAGCUGGAGGAACAGAGAGAUGAGCAGACCAAGCGCAAUCUGACCCUGUUCCAAGCGACCUGUAGAGGCUACCUGGCACGGCAGGCCUUCAAGAAGAGAAAGGUUCAGGAUCUAGCAAUCCGCUGCAUCCAGAAAAACAUCCAGAAGAACCGUGGUGUGAAGCACUGGCCCUGGUGGAAACUCUUCACCACAGUCCAACCGCUUAUUAAGGUCCAGCUCACCGAGGAGCAGAUGCGAAGCAAAGACGAGGAGAUGCAGCUGCAGAAGUCCAAGCUCGAGAGGGUGGAGAAGGAGCGAAAUGAGCUGAGGCUGAACACGGAUCGAAUGGAGAGCAGGAUUGCAGACUUGUUGGCGGAGCUCGCAGAUGAGAGAAGCACGAGUGAGUCGGCAUCGCAGUUGCUGGAGACGGAGACUUCAGAGAGACUCCACCUGGAGAAGGACAUGAAGGAUCUGCAGGCCAAGUUUGAUGCCAUGAAGAAACAAUUAGAAGCACAGGAGAUGGAGGUGAUGGAAGCUCGACUCAUGAAAACGGCCGAGCUCAACGGGGAGAUGGACAGUGACGAUGAUGCUGGAGGCGAGUGGCAGAUAAAAUACAACCGAGCCAUUCGGGAAAUGGAGUUCACCAAGAAGAAACUCCAGCAAGAGUUUGAUGACAAGCUGGAGACUGAGCAGCAGAGCAAGAGACAUGCUGAGAGGAGGUUGGCUGAUCUGCAGACGGAUAAUGAGGAUGUGCAGCGCUCUGUGCAGCAGCUAAAGAAGAAGUGCCAGAAACUGACGGCAGAGCUGCAGGAUACCAAGCUUCACCUGGAGGGACUGCAGAGCCGCAACCACGAUCUGGAGAAGAAGCAGAGGAAGUUUGACCUGGAGCAGAACCAGUCUCAGGUUGAGGUACAAAGAGAAAGGAGCCAGAGGGAGAAACUGGCUCGAGAGAAAGACAUAAUGACUGGUGAGAUGUUUAACCUCCGCCAGCAGCUGCAGGACAAGGACGGCGAGUUGUGCGCCACAAAUAUGAGGGUGCAGCAGCUGGAGGCUGAGCUACAGGACGUGUCCUCCCAGGAGUCCAAGGAUGAAGCCUCUCUGGCCAAGGUCAAGAAGCAGCUUCGCGACCUUGAGGCAAAGGUGAAAGACCAGGAGGAGGAGCUUGACGAACAGGCUGGAACCAUCCAGAUGCUGGAGCAGACAAAGCUGCGGCUGGAGAUGGAGAUGGAGAGACAGCGGCAGACCCACUCCAAAGACAUCGACAGUAAGGACGAAGAAGUGGAUGAAAUCAGGCGAUCCUGCAGUAAGAAGCUGAAACAGAUGGAGGUGCAGCUGGAGGAGGAGUACGAAGACAAGCAGAAAGUGCUGCGCGAGAGACGAGAGCUGGAGUCCAAACUGCUCAACGCCCAGGACCAGGUGAGCCAGAGGGACGUGGAGACUGAGAAGAGGCUGAAGAAAGACCUGAAGAGAACCAAAGUCCUUCUGGCUGAUGCACAGAUUAUGCUGGACCACCUAAAGAGCAACGCCCCCAGCAAGAGAGAGAUCGCCCAGCUCAAAAAUCAACUGGAGGAGUCAGAGUUCACAUGCGCGGCGGCGGUAAAGGCUCGAAAGAGCAUGGAGCUGGAAAUAGAGGACCUGCACAUCCAAAUGGAGGAUGUGGUCAAAGCUAAGAUGUCGCUGGAAGAGCAGCUCAGCCGGCUGCAGAGAGAGAAGAACGACCUGCAGUCUCGCAUGGAGGAGGAUCAGGAGGACAUGAAUGAGCUGAUGAAAAAACACAAGGCUGCAGUCGCCCAGUCUGCGAGGGACUUGAGCCAGAUCACUGACCUGCAGGCCCAGCUGGAAGAGGCCACGAAGGAGAAGCAGGAGAUCCAAGAGAAGCUUCACUCCGUGCAGAGCCAGCUCGAGUUCCAAGAGCAGUCGAUGGUGGAAAAGUCCCUCGUGAGCCGUCAGGAGGCCAAGAUCCGUGAGCUGGAGACCAAGCUGGAGUACGAGAGGACACAGAUCAAACGCCUGGAGAGCCUGGUUGGUCGUCUGAAGGAGAACCUUGAAAAGAUGUCGGAGGAGAGAAGCCAGCAUGUUGCUGCAGAAAACAGGGAGAAAGACCAGAACAAGCGAAUGCAGCGGCAGAUACGGGACAUAAAGGAGGAAAUGGUCGAGCUGUCCAAGAAGGAGGGCGAGGCCAGCCGGAAGAAGCACGAGCUGGAAAUGGACAUCGAGAGCUUGGAGGCGGCAAAUCAGAGCUUACAAGUGGAUCUUAAGCUGGCCUUCAAGAGGAUAGGUGACCUGCAGGCUGCGAUCGAGGAUGAGAUGGAGAGUGACGACAAUGACGACUUAAUCAACAGUUUGCAAGACAUGGUGACAAAAUAUCAGAAAAGAAAGAACAAAACUGGGGAUGAGACAGACACAGACUCAGAGGUGGAGGACCGUGUGGAUGGAGUUAAGUCUUGGCUUUCCAAGAACAAAGGCUCCACCAAGACCCUGUCAGACGAGGGAAGCCUGAAAAGUACCAGAUAUUCAGCAAAUGCAGAUGCCAAGGAAGUAAAAGAAGGUAAGGAGAAGAUGAGUGACAUCAGUAAAGAUGGGAAAGAAGUAGAGCAGAGCAGAUCGGUGUCUGUCAUGAGUUCCCUGAGCUACAGGAAGCGCGCCAACCUGAAAGACUCCAUUGGGGGUACAGGUGAUGAGAACUCCCUGUUCAGCACUCUUAAAGAACAGCCUGACGCGCCAGACCACGCCUCAAUCCGUAAAGCAAAGUCUAAGUCUGGAGAGCUACAGGACGAUAGGAGGAAGAGCCAGGCGCAGGAAGACUUGGAUGACAAAGGCUCUGUCAUCUCCUCGGCCUAUUCUGAGGCCACCAGCAGAGCCAGGAAAGGCCUGGAGUCUCGCUGGACCUCCCGCAGCAGCCCUGAGUUUGAUAAAGAGUCCAUGGUGUCGUCUGUGGCUCCCAGCAGGUUGUUGACCAGGAGGAGCAUGUUGGACAUGGAUGAUGACAAUAAAUCGACUAUCAGUAGUGUGAGCCGCACUAGCCCCAGAUCACUGCAUCGCAGCACUUCUUGGAAAGAAGACAGGCGGAGUAGCUCCCGCUUGUCCCUGGCUCGCAGCUGCGGCCUCAGUGAAUUUGGCCUGAAUGUUCAUGAUGAUGAAGAUGAUGCCAAGAGUCUAGCUUUUAGUGAAGGGGGAACUUCAGCUUACAGUCCUCGAUCCAUAAGUCGCAGCGCUUCUAGCCCGGCUCAACCACGGUCCUCAAGCAGCAACCCGACAGAUCUAUCUGACAUUAAGACAGUCACCCACCGCAACUACUUAGAUCCCGACUUGGAGGCUGCAAUCAAUGAGGUGCUGAGCUUCAAACCAAUUAAAUUCAAGCGCAGCAAACUGGAUGACUCAAGUGGUGAGGAGGAGAAUGAGAAGAAGGUGCCAGGAAGUGAGAAGGGAGGAGACGAGGGGCUGGGCUGCAGUUCAUCCAGUGUGCGGCGCUCCGCAUCAGGCUCUGCUCUGGACUACAGCAACCGGCCUUCCAGUACCCUGAGUACCAGCAGCUCCCGCAGUCGCAAAGAUAAAAAGAGUAGAGCCUCUCCAUCAGAUGACUCCUCCUCAGACGAUCGUCACAGCAGAAAGAGUUCAAGGAGGAAGAAGGGCAAGAAGUCCAAGAAGAGAUCUAGUAGGAAGCAAAGUGAGUCAGAGGAUUCGUCUUCUUCCUCAGAGUCAUCGGAAUCCUCCUCCUCCGACUCAACCAUCUCCUACCGCAGCUCCAGCAGCGUCAAAAGGGCCCCAAAAGGGCCCCAAAAAUCCUCCUCUGAUGAUGAAAAGGAGGUGGCAGGUCGUGGGCCAACUGGCAAGAAGGAAUCCAAGAAGAAGCAGAAGAAGGUGGAUAACAUGGUGAUGAAGUAUCUCUACAUGCCUGACAGUGACUGAUACCAACACCCUCCCGUAUACCGGAGACACCUGGGCGCUGGCAGAUCUGAUGAAGAAGAUGAGGCGGACAGAGAUUCCAGCAGGCAGUCGCUGAGGCAGAGCGACAGUGAUGGCUUAUUGGCAGAGAGCACGACGUAACCCGGAGGCGGGCGACCUUGUGCUUUCGGUGACACUGAACUCAGAGGGGGGGACCACUGCUGCUUCCCAGCUGCCAAGGACAAAAACAAACACUGUAUAACGAACACUGUUUUUGAUUAGUUUAGUCUGGCCGUUUUUAUCUUACAUAACUUAUUAUAGCACACCCAUUCACAUUAUGAAGUGGUUUUGCUUUGAUGGUUAGAUUGUGCUUUUUCUAUUUUCUUUUUUAAUGAUAGAACAUAUUGAAUAAGUCAGUCAACACAGCGCAGUAAUGUUAAGCACUUUCUGGGAAACUUCGUGCUGCUACUUUAGUUCUAAGAGCUGCUUUUCAGGCAAAUUUAAGCACUCCCCUGCACUCUCCUCUGACGAGUCAGAUAUCUCUGCCAAGAGGAUUUAGAUAAGCCCACUCUGGCUGGACUUCUUCAAGAACGUCUGACCAACUAUUAAGGCUGUUCUUAUCUCUUCCCCCAUUAAUGUGGACUACUGUGCAGGGAGGAAUUAACCCAUUUUCAAUUAAUGAUUUCACUGUAAGUUUACAUGUGGCUCUUGUUCCACAUUGAGAUACCCAUCGUUUGAGUGAAGUGAUGCUCGCUCAUGGUUGCUGGCAUUAUAAUAAAAUAAUAUACGCAUGUUAAAUGUUGAAGGCUUUAUAUCUUUGAAAUGCUGAGAAAUGGAUUUAAGAUAAAACUGGAUCUAAGAGUAUAUAUAUAUAUACAUAUAUAUUUAUAGUCUGCAUAAAUAUAUAACAUCUGUGGAAUCAAAGCCUUUACAUGACACAAUACUCAAAUGAAAUAAGAUUUUCUAAAGUUAGCAAGGAGGAGGUUUUAUUAAGAUAAGAUUUAGGUUGUGUUCAUGUUUUAUUUUUAACUUUAAGUGGAUGGCAUGAUGGAACGGGUUUGGCUGUUUUAAGGCUCAGUCAUGCUUUCAUCCAUGUUUGUCAUAUUUCUAAAGGUUCAAAGGGAAUUUAUGUUUUUGCUGUUUAUAAAGGAGCUUUUUCUUUUGAGCAUCUAAAAGAUGCAAAAAUGUAUGGUGUUUUUUUUGUUUGUUUUUUUCAGAUGCAAUGACACUGGAUUUUUUUUCUGUUUGUGAAAGUAAAGCUCCUCUAAACAUCAUAUUGUACAAUAAUUCAAUAUUGAUGGUACAGCUGCAGAUUUUGUUGUUAGUGCAGAUCGAAAAAAUUAAUAUAUGGAGGCAGAUUUUUUCCUUUACUGAAUAACAUAUUCAAAACAGUAGGCAGUCUCAGAAUCAUAUUUUGAUAUAGAAUAGAUAUGUUGACUGACGUUUUAUGCAGAGGUAUUAUGUAGAUAUUUUCUUUCCCCCAGACACUGGUUUAUUUUAUUCAAAUACCUGUGCACUCUGUAUUACCUCAGAAAACAGAGCCAAAACACCUUUAAAUUAAAGCCAGUCUGCUAUUAUAAUAAAAUACCUUUAUGUACUUUAGAGCAGAAGAGCAGUAACAGCUAGACUUACAGCAUGUCGUCGUCCAGAUACAGAAACUUGCUGGUUAUUUUCUAUAUUUAUCCGUACAGAAUGAUAAUUACGCAUGUGCGUAUAGAUUUGAAUAAGGAAGCAUGUAAAGUAUAUGUGCAUGUGGACUGUCUGCUCAUGUGCAAAGAAAGGCUUCAAGUGUCUGGCUUCUAUUUGCAUAUCUUCUCAGAAGAGGCUAAUCUGCAUUUCAUGUCUUAUUUUUCUCUGUUUUUUUCUUUGCUUCAGACAUGAAUAUUAAUGUGGAACACAGGAAACUUUGAUGUCAGUGAUUCAGACUCAACUUGUUAAAUGAAAAAAAAAAAUACAUUGCAAGUUUCAUUGCCUCUGAGUAGGAGUUGCUGGCAUUAGAAGUUUGUACAUUUUGUUGUAUCUUUUGGAAAAGCCUGUCUAUUUUCUUUAUUAAUCAAAUCGCCAUUUGCUGUUUGUAAUAUGAGUGAUUUCAGAGGUUUUUUUUAGUAAAUAAAUUCAGCCAUUUGCUCACUGAGCUCACAGUGUUGGCUGCACCGAGGUAUGAUUUGGACGCAGUUUUGUUUCAUAUUCACCACCAUCAGACAAACAGCUGGAGAAAAGGAGGUUAGAAAAGAGGCAGGACGGUUUCAGCAAAACAACUCAUUGAUGUUUUUGAUUAAUUUUAGCUCAUCUACCCCAGAGAAGCAUCUCAUCAAACCCAUCCAGAGUUCCCAGGAGACGACAGAGGGAACAAACGAUUCAUAGGACUGAUUAAUUCUGGGUGGUUGAAAAAAGAACAGACUGAAGGUUGAGCACACUACCUUGCAACACUUGGGUUGUUAAUAUGACUGCUGCACAGCUACGCAGCUCAAAACCAAGCUGGGGGCAAAUUCAGGGAGAUCAAAAACUGAGAGCAAGUGCAGUCUUCCUCCCCACAUCAAUCUCUAUUCUACAUAGGUGAAGCUUACAGAGAUUCAAAGGGAUUGAUGGUUUUAGAUUAUCACCUUGGUUGACAUUCACACUCAAUGUGUUUUUCUUUAAAGAAUCCCCUAUUUAUCCAACCAAUCUGUAAUCCUCAUUCCUACACACAACCUGCUCCAGUACUUCACUCUCUUCCAGGGAGCUUUUGCUGUAAUUUCACCUCGCCUGUGUGCACUCUCUGGGUGGCUGUAUGUUUCUGCUUAAAGGCUUUCCAUUGAGUGACAGAUUAAAUUCUGCUACCGAUUUUACUUAUUUUGGCUCUAACACUGUUUCACAAACCACUGGAGCAGGAAGUCAUUAGCUCGACAAAGCCAAGCAAGUCUGUGUUUACGGUGCCACCCUCCCUGUUAUUUAGACAGAAUGGGUUUGGCCACAGAAAUCUGCUGCACUGGGAGUCUAAUACUGCGUUUCAAUGGACAGCACAGCCCUGCACAAUAAUUCAGAAUGCCCAUAGGCUUACCAUUAGUGCAUGGUCCAUUUCCUUAUUGAGUAAAAUAUGUUGUUUCUGCAUAUCCUUUACAUUUCAUCCAGACUAAAGGUAAUGUUUUUUCAUCAAUUUCAUGUGCCAGUAUGGAUGAAGAUACACCUAUUAAAAUUACAAAGCAGAUGGAGAAUAGCCAAACUGAGUCAGACCUGACUCAUAAAUAAGACUGCGUGCCAGUGUUUUUUUUUUUCUGCAUAAGUAGCUCCGUUCACUGAGCAACUGCACAUAUUGACCUUGGCUGGAGGCCACCCUGCUAGGCAAUGAAGUAUGUGGGGGUGCAGGUAGAGAGGGAGAACGUGUUUAUCAGGCAUCAUCUGCAGCUAUUAGCACUCCCAGUUUUCUGUUGGAUGCCUGCUGUCAAUGAAGCACUGAUUGGAGGCACUGGGACACUGCCUGCAGGGACCAGGUGAGGAGGCAGCGUUCAUUUGCAAUUCUGAGAUGAAAAGACGCAGCAGUGUGCUACUUGGGCGCCUCUCUUUGUUUGCACAUAUCAUUUCCACUGUAAUGAACACUGCACAGUAGUGGUCCCUUGUAACAAAGCUCAAAGGAAGACUCAAACAUUACAUUUUGCAUAGGUCUUUGCAGGG